AGAGAUCACACCGUGGUGGUAACUGCGGAACGUCAUGGGUCACCGGCUGUCCAAACCCAAACACCCAGAGAGUCACCGGAAAAGCAAGAAGGGUCCCACCGGAAAAACUCAACCUCCGCCGCCACAGCCAAAUCAGCAACAGCCGCCACCACCUCAGCAACAGCCGCCGCCACCUCAGCAACGGUCGUUGCCACCUGAGCAACAGCCUGCAGCCGUGACGGCGGAGCCAAAGCCACUGCCAGAGGAAGAGGCAAAGCCUGCGGUGAUGGAGGAGGAGGAGGGACAAUUAGGACAGGAGGAUGGUGUUGGAAACGACGAGUCUCUCGAGAGCUGGUUCCAUCUUUGGGCUGAUCGAAUCUUCAGCUUUGAUUACACUGAUUACCAUUCACGCUGCUUGGCCCAAUCCAACGACAACGACACCGACACCAUUUCAUAACUCUACAUGCAUC